GCAGUCAAUACAAAAGGGAAAACGCUGAAUGAACUAUGACACAACAUCUAUAGCAACGACUUUGGUACUUCCGUUACUAACAAGCAACCCCAACACAACACACAACUUGACCCCCGUAUCACAAUAUAGAUAUCUUCACUAACUAAAGAAAGCGUCAGAAAAACACAGAAACGUACACAAAGCAGCGAAACGUGCAUGCGCACAUACAUAAAUAUUAAUAUAUAAAAUUCGAAAAUGUUGGCGAGUACGAUGAAAAUGCUUGAACCUGUCCAACCGGUACGAAAGCCAAGGUGCAGGGUAGUUCGUGGAACCCACCCUAAUACUUUCGGACAUGUUGCAAGAAGAACAGCUACUAAACCAGGCUACCAACUAUAUCAAGAAUCUGUAAUAAGAUACCGACAGUAUGCUGAAUCCAAAGAAGAAGACACAUUUAAACAGACAUUAAUUUCCAACCACAUUACCUGGGAAGACAUAACAGAAAAGAAAAUGGUGGCUUCUGCUGUGAAAAGAAAAGUGCAUUGUAAAUUUGAAGAGGAAGAGAAGCAACUAGAAGAAAGGCAACUGAGGUUGAAAAAGUUAUUAUCAGAUGAAGAAAAUGCACUAUUUAAUGAGAUUGAAUCAGUUCCCCUAACUAUGGAACAGCAAAAGGAAUCAAUGCGUCAAAGAGCAAAACAAUUAAGAGAAAAGAGAGAGGAAGAAAGACAAAAAUUAGUCCAAGAAAAACUGGAUCAAAAGUUUCGUUCGGAAUGUGACCCACUGCGAACUGCUACCUCCAAACGACUUGUACAGGAGAUUGCAGCGGAACACAGAAGGAAUGCUGACAAGUUAGAAAUAAUGCGUAAGGAGAAACAAAUGGUUGACGACAUUUUUAGAGAAAUGAGCCAGAAGGAAUAUCAGAAAAUGCUUGAGAAAGAAGAGAAAGAAAACAAGGAGAGGAAGACCAGGAAUGAAGAAGUAGCUAAUGUACUUCGAGAACAAAUGGCUGAAUUGGAAGAGAACAAGUGCAGAGAAGAAAAGUUAAAAGAAGAAGAACUUAAACUGCUCAAAGAACAAGCCAUUCUAGAUGAAAUGAAAGAGAAAAGAAGCCUUGAAGAAAAAAGGCGUUUACAGAAAGAGACAAGAAACAUAUUUGAAAAGUCGAUUAAAGAGAAACUGCAGAGAAAAGCUGAAGAUGAACAAGAGGAACUUGAAUAUGAUAUUAAAGCACUGCAAGCUCUUCUGGAAAAAUGUGGAGAAGAGGAUCGACAAAAACAACAAAGAAAACUGGAAUGCCAGAAAGAAACUCAAUCAUACUUAAAAUAUGUGCGGAGUUUAUUAGCAGAAGAAGAAGCCCGCAAGAAAGAGAUGGAACGUAUGAUUCAGGAAGACAUUGAGAAUCAGUGGCAAAAACGGUUGAAGCAGUGGCGCUUAGAUAGAGAGAUGAGGAGAGUUCUGAUGGAUGAUGUCUUCAGGAUAAGGAGCCGACAGGUUAUGGAUAAAUUGGUUGCCAUCAACAUGGAGAGGGCAGAGGCAGAGAAAGAAAAAGAGCAAGUCCUUGGAGAAAUUGAAUGGCUUAAAGAGAAGGAAGCUGAAGAAAUUCAAAAAGAACGGCAGAAAAAGUUGCAAUACUUCCAAGAUCUGCGAGGACAGAUUGAGUUCAAUACCGCUCAUCAGGAGAUUUUGAAGAAUUUAGAAGAAGACAGUUACAAGAAGGAAUUACAAGCUGAAGAAGAUUUAAAGGCAAAGGUUGAAAACCUGCUUAAAUCAAAUGUCUCUCUCUGCAAGCAGGAACAUCCUCUGAGACGAGCAUUGAGCCAAGUGUGCUGAGCAAACUGGAAGGAAUUGUUCAAAUAAAUGAACAGUACUUCCCCACCUACACCCUUUUCUCCACCCCUACCCAUACCAUCUUUGCUUUCCUUAAUUCUAAGAGACAUAAAGAGACCAUCUAAGAGACAUAAAGAGACCACACCACUUCACUUCAUAUUUACAGUUUAUUGUUUAUAGCCUUCUUUCAUAUUAAAACAAUACAGUUUA